AUGUCGCGACGAAGGCCAAACCUCUCGUUAUCAUGCCCGGAAACUACGUUGCAAGUACUUGAUAUGGGUUUGGACUUUCGCUCUUAUCUCUCGCGAGUGGAUGAUAACGGUUUACCGGUUUUGGGAAAUGUUAUAACGUAUGAUGCCACGAAACUUCCCGACGUAUUUGAACCCACGGUGGGAUUGCUUGUAACAAUUCUACACAUGUAUGCACAAAGUGCAUCCGAAGCUUCUGCUGUCGUUUGGCUUCGAACUUAUGAGGCCAUUCAAAAGAUAUAUCUAGAUCAUGUGGAUCAGGAAAAUCAAGAGGGGAUGAGAUGCGCUAUGGAAGCGCGAUUAACUAUUUUAGGUUCUUUGUCUGAUGGUAUGGUAAUGGAUACUAGCGCUAUUUGCGAGAAAUUACUACUUCUUCUCGACCAGCAAAGUGGUAUUCGUGGACCUCAGGCACCCUCUCAACGUAAAAUUCCACGGGAGCCAAAAGGUGCGUUUUGUAAUCUUCAUUUGGCAGAUCAAAAGUGCUAUCAAGACUUUGCAUGCAACCAACUUCACUUACAUGAGGCUGGACCAGUACGUCAUCGCACAAAUUUUUUUAUGCGCCUCAUAGAGGUUUUGAAAGAAGAAAAAUUACCAAGAUCGCAGAUUCUUCAUCGAGUUAAGGAUUCUAUUUUCUUUGCACGUUAUGGCAAUAAAGUAACAGUACAGUCUCAUGGAAAAUGGAUUCCUUUUUUUAAAACUCUUUUUACGGACGGAAGGCUCGAACAAGCGUUUCGAAUUCAACAAUAUUCAUGUAAUAACAAUACAUGUGCAGAUGAGCACUGUAAAGGAAUACAUACUCAGGAUCGACGGGCAGUUUCCUCGAGCAAGCAGAUGGAUCUUCAUAAUCCACAAAGUUUAGCGGUCCAAAUUGAUGAGGAAGCUGAACGCCUCCUCUUUUUGGUUGAAACGUGUAAAAAUCAGGCAUCAGAGGCCCCUCCUUCUCUAACUCUUACAUCUCCAAUGAAAACAAUUGCUUCUCCAACCUCUGAGUUAUGGAGAAAAACUGUUCGAGAGUAUGUUCGACAAACUGGAAUUCCACAACUUCAAGCUGAUGAAUCGUUACUUAGAACUUUACAAGAUGCUAAUGUUGUAGGAACUCCUGCCGCCUCAACGGAAAGUCUAACGCCGUUAUUGGAUGAACUUGAUUUACACGCGUUUAACUCCGGUUCAUCGCCCAAGAGCGAUUCGUGA